AUGACUAAAUUGACUGAAGCGACCCUCCCAGCCUCUGGUAAAACGAUUUACCACCUUGGCAUAACUGAAGAGGAUUUGUCAGAUAAUAUCAUUGUUGUCGGAGACCCUGAAAGAGUGCCCAAAGCAGCCGAUUUGGUCUUCGAUAAGUCAAAGCCAAUUUUCCGUCAUGACCACAGAGGUCUUACCACGAUGACUGGAAUAACACAAAACAAUGUCCGUGUUUCUAUAGUCACAACCGGAAUGGGGACGGGCUCGACUGAAAUUAUCAUCAAUGAAAUAUUGGCGUUGAAAAUGAUUGACGUGGAGAAGCGUGUUGUAUGUGACGAUAUAAAGAAAGAUGUGUACAUUAUUCGUGUUGGGACGUCUGGUGCUGUUCAGUCGGAUACCGAGUUGGGGACGUCUAUUAUCACCAAAUACGCAAUUGGAUUAGAGAACACUGGACUCUUCUAUGAUAUCCCUUUAAAGGACGAAAAUGCAGAAUGUCUCGAGAAGGAAGUCGACGAGAAGAUUAAUGUGGCGAUAAAGCCAGAAAGAAGGUUUAAAGGAAGACUUCAUCCAUACGUUUCCGUCCCCGACUCAGUGAUAGUCGAAGCGUUAUUGGAAGCAGCAAAGAACGAGAACUUGCCUAAUAAAGUCGGUAUCACCGCAUCGGCAGCGGGAUUCUUCGGAUGCCAAGGACGUAACAUCUUCAAGCAGAACCCACUCACCAUUGAAAAUUUGGAUGAAGUCCUUGCCACCGUUGGAGUCGGUGAUGUCAAAGUCGAGAACUUCGAAAUGGAAAUCUCAACAAUUGCACAAGUCACACAAAACUUCGACCACGUCCACGCCGGCUGCAUUUGCAUGGCCAUUGCAAAUAGAAGACUCAACACUUUCUGUGACAUCAAAAAAUCGUCAAUCGACCCGACAAUGAAAGUAGCGGUCGAGGCUCUUGAGAUAUUGGAUAAGAAGAGAACAAAUUGA